AUGGAACAUGAUUACAACGAGCAGGAUAAUUACACAGACUACCAGGCCCGCCAACAGCGUGCCCUGUGCCGAUGGCUGUUGAUCGCGCUGGUGUGCGUCUUGUUGAAUACCCCGGAGAACACGUUGCGCCUAAUUACGCUGUUCGGGAUGCCGGAUUUCCAGAAUAGCGGCUGGCAUCUGUCGGCGAGGAUGUUGGCGCAGGCGUUGUAUUUUAGCCAGUUCGCCUUCAACGCCAUAUACCUGGCGCUGUUUGUCUACGACAAGAGCAGCAGAUCAAAACAUGUACACGAUGGGAGCAACUACAACUCCCACGCAAUCCACCUAAUAUUCGCCGAGGCGUUCAUGCAGCACUUUGCCGCCCAUGCAACAAGUCCCCGGUCGAAGCGGGCUAAAAUGGUUCUGCCGCCCCUGUUGAGGUCCCGGAGAGCAUCUACAUGCUGCGAAAGUCCGCCACAUCAACCGAGGGUGCAUAAGAUGUCCCAGACGCAUCGACUACACCCUCAAUUGUCGCUGACGACUAGCAGAUCCUAUGUGGAGAUACCGCAGAGCCAGAUUGCUGAGUUGCACAGGAGCAUUUCGGAGAAU